AUGUCCGCCGCCGGUGCAUCCUUUCUCUUCCUCCUCCUUUCCACCGUCGCCGCCGCCUCCUCCUCCUCCAUCACCACUCUCUCAUCCGAUAUCGCCGCUCUGAAAGCCUUUAAAUCCUCCAUCAAACCCACCACUAUACCUUCGUACACUUGUUUACACUCAUGGGACUUCACCUCCGACCCUUGUUCUCCGCCACGUGUAACUCAUUUUCUUUGUGGAGUAACCUGCUCCGGCAACCGAGUCACUCAACUCACCCUUGAUCCUGCUGGUUACGUUGGAACUCUCUCCCCACUCGUUUCUCAACUCACCCAACUCAUCACCAUCGAUCUCACCGACAACAAAUUCUCCGGCCAGAUUCCAAGUUCUCUUUUCUUUCUCCCGAACUUACAAACACUCAACCUCGGGUCCAAUUCGUUCUCCGGCGUAAUCCCGCCUCAGUUGACUCGCCUCGACUUGAGUUUCAAUAAACUCACCGGACCGAUCCCGGGACUCCCGAAAAACAUCAUCCAACUCGCGCUUAAAGGGAAUUCGCUAUCUGGGUAUCUCCAGAAACAAUCGUUUCAAGGGUUGACUCAACUGGAAACAGUCGAACUCAGCGAAAACUCACUCGCCGGAACGAUUCCCGGGUGGUUCUUCCUCAUACCUUCCCUCCAGCAAGUCAAUUUAGCCAAGAACAGUUUCACCGGCGUUGAGAUCUUCAAGCCAAUCGACAGCGACCUCGUCGCCGUCGACCUUGGAUUCAACAGAAUCACCGGGUACCCGCCGACGAACUUCUCGGCGUAUCCUAUGUUAGCCUCCUUGACUUUAAGUUACAACAAGCUAAGAGGAAGAAUUCCAUGGGAGUACAGCAAGAAACCGACGUUAAGCAGGCUGUUUCUCGACGGAAAUUACUUAAUUGGGUUGCCGCCAAAGGAGUUUUUCUCCGGCAAGACGUCAAUUUCCGGCAGCUUAGGGGACAAUUGUUUGAAGCUUUGUCCGGUAUCUUCGGAACUUUGCGUGAAAUCGCAGAAACCUUUGUCGAUUUGCAAGCAAGCUUAUCGUGGGAAACUGAAACCGAAGUCAUAA